AUGUCUUUCAGACAUAUACACUAAAGCAGACUCGCUUUCUCUCUAUAAAUGCGACCCGACCUCUUCGCUCCCACCGACUCUCUCUCAGCUCUUCCUCUACCCCCGGGUUCUCGGCGGGAUCCGACGCCAUCUCCCUCCAAUCUGGCCGGAAUCUGACCCAAUCUUGCCGGAAACCAUGUCUUCCGGCAGAUACAUGGCCUACUCGCCUUCUCCGUCCACCGCUCCUCACUCUCCUCACAUCUCCGGCAUUCGAUCGGCCUCCACUGCUCUCGUCGAGCAAGAAAAGUAUCUUGCUGAGUUGCUGGCAGAGCGGCACAAGGUCAGUCCUUUCAUGCCUGUGCUUCCGCACAGCUAUCGUUUGCUGAACCACGCAGAAAUAUUGCGUGUAACCACACUGUUGGGGAAUGCAUCUCUUUUAGAUCAAAGUGGGCUUGAACAGGCAAGCCCUCUGACUUCUGGAGGACUAUUUUCAAAUGGAGGAGCUGAUAUGAAUGGAUGGGCGUCAGCAUUUCAAUCAGAAAGAAUGGGAUUAUUGCAGUCUUCACCAGCACAUGGCUGGAUUGGAUCACAAGGUAGCGCUUUGGGUCUUAUCGUCAAGAAAACACUCAGGGUGGAUAUUCCUGUAGACAAAUAUCCUACUUACAACUUUGUGGGCCGCCUCCUUGGUCCUAGAGGGAACUCUCUCAAGCGAGUGGAGGCAAAUACUGAAUGCCGUGUCUUGAUCAGAGGGCGUGGCAGCAUCAAAGAUCCAACUCGGGAAGAAAUGAUGAGAGGAAAACCGGGGUAUGAGCAUUUGAAUGAGCCUCUUCACAUACUUGUGGAGGCAGAAUUACCAGUUGAAAUAGUUGAUGCUCGCCUUAUGCAAGCACGUGAAAUCCUUGAAGACUUGCUUAAGCCUGUGGAUGAGUCACAGGAUUUUUUCAAGAAGCAGCAGCUCCGAGAACUGGCGAUGCUGAAUGGCACCCUCCGUGAGGAAGGCUCACACAUGUCAGGCUCUGUAUCUCCCUUCCACAACAGCCUCGGUAUGAAGAGAGCCAAGACCAGGGGGUAGCUUCAAGACAAAGUGACAGUGCAGCAGUGCCAAUUCCCACGUGGCAAAUGUCGUCGUACAAAGUCUACAUGCCCCCGAUGUUGCUGGCAGGGCGGCAGCGCCGACUCAUGUUCGUUCUAACUCGUUUCCAUAUGAAGUGUGUUUUUAUCUGCUGUUGGGAGGGUUUGAUGAUGCUGAUGAUUAUAUGAUGAUGUUAUGGAUGGGGGGGCCAUUUUGGGGCUGUUUGUGGGUUCUAGUCUCUCCUUUUCCUUGUACUAUUAGUGCUAUAUGCUUAAUGGUGACAGUUUUGAUAUUAUAUAGUGUGGGUGAUGGUGGGGUGUGUCCUAAAGAGAAAAGGAGAUGAAUUUGGUAGUGUACAAAAGUGAGAAACAGUAGCCCCACACCAAGAGCAGAGAGAGGUUUGGGUAGGGAGUGAUUUGUACUAAGUGUAGAUUGUAUUUAAGUUUUGGGGAUAUGAUAUUCUUUGUUUUA